AUGGCGUGGACCCAGCUGCUUUUCUCCCAACCACGCCCAACUAAAUCAGUGGAGGGACGACCACAACCACCAGCCAGGGAGGUUGAUUGUGUUCCCUCCGAGCCUGACCGAACUACUUGUGUUGCUUUUUCUUCUGAAGCGGGGGCCUCGGUUUAUGGGUGGCCAUCCAAGGGUGGUGUCUAUACCCUGUUUGACUGUUCUGGGGUGGAGCUUGAAUUCCUCGGCUUUGACCGAUUAAAUCCACCCAAGUUGCGAGCAGGUUCACAAGAUGAGGAGGAUGCACACUGUGACCGAAUGCGUCAGCUUGGGGCUACCUGGUGGAAAAAUGAAAUUGGAACAGAUCUGUUUAGGAGAGAAAUAGAGGGCCCCAAGCUUACAGAUGAAUACCUCCGAGUCGGCUGGCCAGCCCCGGGGGUGGUGUGUGGGUUUUACGCACAACAAUCGAGGUAG